GUAACUAACUACGUUGAAGUCAACUGGCUCGAAAUCAAAACGUCCGUUAUCGCUGCAAAAUCUCAGGUCCCGACCAAAAAGCUAUAUUUCGCCCUCACCCUCUUCCUCCCCCCCUCGACGUCGCCCUCGUUGUUCCCAGCAGAGAAGGACACACAGUCGCCGACCAUGUGCGGAAUCUUUGCCUGUCAUUGUCACCCAGACGUGCAAAAGUUCAAGCCUCAAGCGUUGAAGCUAGGCAAGGCCAUCAGGCAUCGUGGCCCCGAUUGGAGCGGUAAUGUCAUUUGCAACAACACCAUCCUCGUUCACGAACGCCUGAGUAUUGUUGGCAUUGACUCCGGCGCACAGCCAAUCGUCAACGAUGAGGAGACGGUCUUCCUCGCCGUAAACGGCGAGAUCUACAAUCACAGAAUCCUGCGCAAGCAGCUCAAGAAGCCGUAUAACUUCAAAACGCAUUCCGACUGCGAAGUUAUAAUACCGCUGUAUCUGGAACAUGACAUAUUCGCACCACAGCUUCUCGAUGGCAUGUUUUCGUGGGUGUUGUAUGACAAGAACAUGGACAGGGUGGUGGCCGCCCGUGACCCGAUUGGCAUCACUACCUUCUACAUGGGACGUUCGAGCAACACGCCCGGCGCGGUGUACUUCGCCUCCGAGUUGAAGUGCUUGCAUCCUGUCUGCGAUCAGAUUAUUUCUUUCCCACCUGGUCACGUUUACGACUCGCAAUCCGACACGAUCCAGCGAUACUUUGCGCCCAAGUGGCUGAUGCAACCCAGCAACAUCCCAAACACACCCGUUGAUUACAAGCUGCUCCGUGAGACGCUGGAGAAGUCUGUGAGAAAGCGCCUCAUGGCGGAGGUUCCUUUUGGUGUCCUUCUCUCCGGUGGUCUAGACUCCAGUCUAGUUGCGGCGAUCACUCAGCGAGAGAUUAAGAGAGUCAACGCUCUGGCCCGGACAGUCAACGGCGCCAAUGGAGCUUCCAAUGGCGCCACCAAUGGCGUAGUUCGCGAGAAUUAUGGCGCUGACCACCUCGUCGGUAUUGACGACAACGCCAACUUAGCCACAGUGCAGGUUCUUCCUGAGCUUAACUCGUUCUCCAUUGGUCUUCCUGGAGCUCCAGACUCGAUUGCAGCACAGAAGGUUGCAGACUAUCUCGGAACGAAACAUCACAAUUUCACUUUCACCAUCGAAGAUGGUCUCAACGCACUUUCCGAUGUUAUCUACCAUUUGGAGACAUACGAUGUGACAACGAUUCGCGCGUCAACACCGAUGUUCCUGCUGAGCAGAAAGAUCAAGGCCCUCGGUGUCAAGAUGGUACUUAGCGGAGAGGGCAGCGACGAGAUCUUUGGCGGCUACCUUUACUUCCAUGCUGCACCAGACAAGAAAGCAUUCCAUGAGGAGACUGUUCGCCGUGUUAAAAACCUGCAUCUUGCCGACUGCCUCCGCGCCAACAAGUCUACAUCUGCAUGGGGUGUCGAAGCACGCGUCCCAUUCCUUGAUAAGCAGUUCCUAGAGGUCGCUAUGAACAUUGACCCAGCAGAGAAGAUGAUCACCAAGGAGAGGAUAGAAAAGUACAUCAUCCGCAAGGCCUUUGACACGUCAGAUGACCCAGAUGCUGAACCGUAUCUGCCCAAGGAGAUCUUGUGGAGGCAGAAGGAGCAAUUUAGCGACGGUGUUGGCUAUGGUUGGAUUGAUGCGCUAAAGGAUCACGCCGAGCUUCACGUCUCUGACGAGGAUAUGAAGAACCCGAAACCAGAAUGGGGAGACGACAUUCCUGACACGAAAGAGGCAUACUGGUAUAGAUGCAUGUUCGACGAGCACUUCCCGGCGCACUGCGCAAGCACCGUCAUGCGGUGGAAACCUACCUGGAGUAAACAGACCGAUCCGUCUGGGCGCGCUAUUCCGACCCACGAGAAGAAGUACGACCACGUCGAGUAAACAUAAAAAGGUUACACAAGAUGAUGUUUGUGGCACACUGGUUUCGUUUCAAGGCCAUAUCUUGGUGCACGGCGUCUUUUCGUCAAGAUUGAAUAAAUGUAGAGCCAGGCGGCAGAGCACACGAAACCUGCCGUCAGCUCAAGCAUGUUUACGGCCUCUUUCGUGUUUCUUUUCCUUGCUUGAUUGAGCUUCGUCUAGACCAGUCUGUAUGCUACAUGAACGUCAUAGUGCUUAUCACCCGUCCGAAAGAGACCGUUUUUUUUUUCUUU